CCUUAUUUUGUCUUGACAGAAUCAAUACACCAGGAGGAUGUCUUUCGCUGGCAUAAUUGCAUGCUUGUGCUCCUCUUAGAUUUUUAUUAUGUACCCUGUGUUUGUAAACCAAGAAGACGUCUCUCAGGACUUUACACUUGGGACAUGAUGCUUUGCAGUGCGCUUUGUUGGAUGGCAGCUACUUGCUGGCUUGUCACCUCUACUCAGACUGAGUUUUACUCCUCAAUAGGACAAAUGACAGACUUGAUUUAUUUGGAGAGGAGCCUGCUCUUAUCUUUGAAGGACUAUAUAAGAGAAGAACAGUUACACAUUGAAAGACUGCAACAUUAUGUUCAGAUUCUUCAAGAGAUGUCUGAGUUUUUAGCUCAGGACCCUGAGGGCCAUGUCAGCAAUCCAGUGGCUGCCUUCAAGCUGGUCAAGAGGGUCAAGUGGGACUGGAUGGCUAUGGAACAGCUUGUCAGACAGGACCCUUCUCAUGGGUUUCUUGAUAAUCUGACUAUGAAAUCUCAGUUUUUGCCGGCCAACAAUGAGAUUGAAGGCAUUGCCAUGGGACUGAUUCGGCUUCAGGAGACAUACCAGCUGCUUCCCGAAACCAUCGCAGAAGGCAGAUUACCAGGGGUCAAAUAUCUUGAAACUCUGUCACCUGAUGACAGUUACUUUAUUGCCAAGAUUGCUCUUAAGGAGAACAAUCUGAAGUCUGCCCUACUCUGGAUGCAGCAUACACUGAAGCAGCUGGAUGAAGGUCAGGAGGCAGUCGUCCAGAAAACAGAAGUCCUCAACUCGCUGUGUUCUUUGGUGUUUCAAGUGGGUGACCUGGCGUGGGCAUUGGAGCUCACCAGGCAGCUGAACACCUUGGACCCUGGUGAUGUCAAGACUGCUAGCCUACUGGAUUAUUUUGAAAAGCUGGCAAACAGUGUAAAACAGCAAAGUGAGAACAAAGUAAAAGGUGCCAACCUGGAGCUGUUCCAGAAACCACCUAACAUCAUUCAAGACAAGGAUAACUAUGAGGCUCUGUGCCGGGGAGAGAGAAUCAGAAUGACACCAAAGAAGGAGAAGAACUUGGUGUGUCGGUUUAACAAUGGGAACUUCAAUCCAAGGCUACUUUUGGCACCUAUUAAAGAGGAAGAAGAAUGGGACCGUCCACUUAUCCUCAGAUACCACGACUUUAUGUCUGAUGACGAGAUCAAAACAAUAAAGUUUCUUUCUCAACCAAAGCUUGCAAGAGCUGGUGUGUCAGAUCGGAAAACUGGCGGACAGUUUAUAGCUGAAUACAGAGUAUCUAAAAGUGCUUGGCUAAGAGAAGAAGAUCACCUGGUUGUGUUUCGACUCAAUCAACGAAUCGCAGAUGUCACAGGCCUGUCCAUGGAGUCUGCUGAGCCACUCCAGGUGGCAAAUUAUGGUGUCGGUGGUCAAUACGAACCCCACUAUGACUUUCCAAGGAUACAUGUGAACGACACUGUUUUCAAGCUAAAUGGAAGCCGAAUAGCCACUCUGUUAAUUUAUAUGAGUGAUGUUGAAGCUGGAGGAGCAACUGUCUUUCCAGAUGUUGGAGCGGCUCUUCAGCCAAUAAAGGGCACAGCUGUAUUCUGGUACAAUGUGCUGAAAAAUGGCGAGGAUGAUUACAGUACACUGCAUGGUGCUUGUCCUGUUCUGGUGGGAAGUAAGUGGGUUUCUAACAAAUGGAUCCGAGUCCGGGGACAAGAAUUCAGAAGACCAUGUGGUUUAUCAGAAACGGAAUGAGAUGUUUACAACAGGUUGUGAAAUUUAGGAGUGCUGAUGCGGUGUCCAUUCUCUUCAGUUUACUAGUGACAUCUGUCUCUCCUCCUUGUGGUUGGAGGAGUCCAUUUAAAAAUCGAGAAAUCAGUAAAUUAGUACACUGAAAUGAAAGUAGUCUGCUGGUGAUGAAAUCAAUAAAAACGUCUCAGCUUAUUAAUUGAGUGUCUUGAUGUAAGGGACUGGUAAAAG